AUGCUUGAAACUAUUCAGAUUCAACCAACCACGCUGCCUGAAAAGGCGACCGAAGUGCUGUCACAUAGGCUCAGAGAUGCUUGGCGAAUCGGAAAAUAUGAGGAAUUCUUGGAACUUGACCGACGCGACUCAACGGUUUGUGCAGACAUUCCAUGUGACCUGACCCGCAUUAAUAUUCUGCGCAAGAAAAAACUCAACAGUCACGAACUGGCUGUUGACCUGGCCGCCAACCAUGACGUCAAUUACACCGGCCGCCCUGGAUUGAUUGUGGAAAAUGCCACAACUCAGUCUAACGGCCCCCCAGAGAUGACCCGCAACGGGAAAAAAUGGCAGCUGACAAUCGAUGUGCCUCGCAGCGGGCGGCAGAUUGCAGAUGCGCUGAGCGAAUAUGGCUCCGUGGAUGUGGUCACCCAAGAACUUCGUGACUUGUACACAAGCUUUGGUUUCACGAAAGGACUCACUUUGGUUUUGUCAGCUGAUGCAAUGAAUCCGCUUGGCAUCACACUGAGCAGGUGGCAGGUGGGAAAGACAGGAAUGGCAGAAACAAAGUUCAAGUUUGGUAGGGACUGGAUGGCGGAAGAACUGGUUGAUUUCCUCAAACAACAAGGACCAAGGAAGACAUGGGAUGAAAUUAAGGAUCAGCCUCCACAGACGGCCAACACGCGGGGGCGCCCCGCGAAGAGGCAGGCCAAAGAACCCGAUGAGCGACAUCGGGCCAGAUCUGCCGCUGAGAAGCCCGAAAAGGGCGAUGAAAAUAAGGACCCAAUGGAAGUCGAAAAAACGCAGUUGGACUCUCAGACUCAGCCUGAAGCGAUUGACAAGCAGAGUUCAAAGCCAACCUCGCAGUCUCUUGGUAAUUUGACGGAUGCCUUAACCCAACACUGGACGCUGGCCGAUCAAGGUGGAUGCGGUGACUGUGGGUACCGGGCAUUAAUAGACAACUUUCAUUAUCAAACCACUGGUGAGACUCUUUCCAAAGAAGAAUGCAUCAAAAAUGCCAAUCUAUUUCGUACGGAAGUGGUACGACAUGUUCGCAAACAUCAAGAUAGGUACGAAAACCAUGUCAGAGGUGGGAAAGAGGCCUUUCCUGCCUUUUGUGACAAUGCGUUGAAGCAAACUCACUGGAUAUGUGGACUGCUGCUGCAAGCGGCAGCAGAGGUGAAAUCAUGCUGCAUAGUGGUGUGGAAUCAAAAAGAUGAAGUUCUGGAAAGAUUCACUUUCGCUCCUGAGUGGAGUCCACAGGGGAUGGCCAGAAUGAAAAAAGAAGCACCAAUCCUGGUGGUGUACAGAAACGACAAACAUUAUCAAUCCGUCCGACCACCCCAGGAUCAGGACGGCAUGACUAAGGUGCCCAAACACUGGGCGCGAGAGACAGCCAAACCCGAGGCCGAAGCACUUGGAGGCGCUGGACCAAGCGUUGGAGAAUCGCCUAACACCCUGCACACGCUCUCCCCUGGCUCUUCCCAUGCUCCUUCGCUCCAUACUCUCCCCGCCUCCUCCUUUCGCGGAUCCUCGGGUGGGGGUGUGAUGAUCACGCGCGCGCCGUCCCUGCACUCCUUGGUUCCUUCCGCGUCUUCUCCUCCGCGUCUGCGCGCGGUUGUGCACGGCCAUGCGGCGGGUGGUGGUUCUUCGGGUGCCCUUGCGCGACCCCAUCCUCCGCGCUCCCCCUCUCUUCUUACCUUGGCUGCCUCCCCUCACUCCUGCGACCGGUCGGGUACUAAGGACAAAGGCGCAGUCAAAAAUGACAACACAGAAUGCGACUUUCGCCCUGACACUGCUCCAUAUCCUCGACACCUCAAGCAGCUGGAUGCUAAAUCACAGUCCCGACCUCGGAACUUCCUGAAAGUGGCAGAGCCUGGAGUUGCCCAGAAUGCGGGAAAGGCGGCACAAGCUGCAGGGCACUUAGUUACUGAGGUCCUUCCGCCGGAUGCCAUGCGAAACCGCGAUAUUGACUACUAUAUCAGUAACCUUGAGCCUACUGAGGUCGAAACGCUUCCUGAUGUUGACUGGCAGAUGCUUUCGCAAACUUUUUUUCAAGCCCUAGUUUGUGCAGUCAGGGCUGCUGCCCCUGACAUGCUGCAGCGAGUGUCUCCGGCCUUACUGAGGAUUCUCAGGGAAUUUUGGGCCGAUAUUUGGAAUAGACGUCAAAUCUCUUGGGAUGAUAUUUGGGAUGAUUUGGUUACUCACACUCCACCACGCCCUGCUCCUGACAGCUGGCCAAGCCUCACACCGGAACAACUCCGUUCUGCCACCAAGUGUAGCCGCGGCAGUGCGCCGGGGCUUGACGGCUGGAGAGCUGAGGAACUUAGUUUGUUCAGUGACGAAAUGUGGCAGGAUGCCGGCUGUCCUCCAGAAACAGUUUCCACUUCCAUCACCUUGUUGGGAUUCCAGUUCAUGGGAGUGACCCAAAGAAAAGCCAAAGACCGAGAACUGACAAGACUCACUGAGGCGACCGAAGUGCUGUCACAUAGGCUCAGAGAUGCUUGGCGAAUCAGAAAAUAUGAGGAAUUCUUGGAACUUGACCGACGUUUGCAGCUGCAACACGUGCUGAUGUGUUGCAGCAGCGCCACGACGACUAGAACCACCUCCAUUCUAUUCUGGCGAUCGCCUCUGGCCUGCGCUGCGGCUGCGGGCAAGUGCGGGCAGCGUCAUUGUCUACAUCAUCAUUGUUAAAUGUUGUAAGCAGCUUCUCCUGCGCCUCCAGCCACAGCAGAGUGGCACGGUCGCUGCGGGCUCGUCACGGGUGCCAGGCAGGAGAGAAAAUUAACGUGGCAUGGCCCACGUUUGUUGCAGAAGAAUUUGAAAAGAAAAAUACAAAAGAAAAAGAAAAAGAACAAAAGUCAAAAAAGGAAGACAAAAAGAACCAAUUCAAGAAUUUGAAUGUGCAUUGCACGAAGAGAGC